AUGUCCUUCAGGCACGGCGACUACACGGUCGCAUGGAUUUGCGCCCUGCCGUUGGAACUAGCAGCAGCAAAGGCUAUGCUGGACGACGUUCACCCUCCGCUUUCCCAGCCAGAAUCCGACCACAAUGUCUACACACUUGGGAGAGUUGGCAGCCACAAUAUAGUAGUGGCCUGUCUGCCUGGUGGUGUCUAUGGGACGAUAUCCGCUGCAGGUGUAGUGUCACAUAUGGUCUCUACCUUUCCGACUCUCCGGUCCGGUUUCGGAUUGAUGGUGGGUAUUGGGGGCGGGGUCCCGAGCCCAAGGCACGAUAUUCGCCUUGGCGAUGUUGUGGUCAGCCGGCCAACUACCACUUCAAGUGGCGUUAUCCAAUUUGACUACGGCAAAACACUGCGUGGCGGACGAUUCCAGCAACACCGGGCCGUGUCUCAAUUAGAGAGUGGUUGUAUGACCGGGGAAAGGCCGACCAGCGAAAUUUUGAAUGCUACACUGCACAAAAGUGAAAAGACAAGGAAAGAGUUUUUGCGACCGAAGGUCGACUGGCUAUUCUUACCAACCUACGACCAUGGACAUAACAAAAAUGAUUGUUCGGCAUGUGAUCAAACACAGUUAGUGGAACGCCCUGAGCGGGGGACCGAUAACCCUUAUAUUUAUUAUGGCUUGAUCGCUUCCGGAGAUCAAGUCAUGAAAGAUGCCAAAACUCGUGAUUCCAUUGCUCAGGAUCUAGACAUACUCUGUUUGGAAAUGGAGGCUGCUGGACUCAUGGACGAACUUCCAUCACUAGUCAUUCGCGGCAUUUGUGACUACUGUGAUUCGCAUAAAAACAAAAAGUGGCAAGGAUAUGCUGCGCUUGCGGCUGCUGCGUACGCGAAGGCUCUUCUGUCGGUAAUUCCCACUUUGUGGAUGGUCACUUUACGGAGGAACCCACGCAAGGUUGCUAUCUGCGGACUAGGCGGUGUUGGAAAGACGCAGAUCGCACUUGAACUGGCUUACCGCAUGCGAAAUCGAGACCCUACUUGCUCGAUUUGCUGGAUUACAUGUACCAGCUAUGAAAGCGUGGAACAAUCCUAUAUGAACAUUGCCACGAAGCUGGAAAUGACUAAUAUGAAGGCGGCAGAGGUGAAAGAAAAGGUCAAAGCUCAUCUUAGCCAAGAGAGUGCCGGGAAGUGGCUGCUUUGCUUUGAUAAUGCAGAUGACAUGGGAAUGUGGAGCACAAACGAUGCUAUUGAAACAGUAUUAACAGACUUUCUUCCUGAAAAUGAGCAGGGCCAUAUUCUUUUCACCACGCGCAGCCGUAAGGUAGCUGUGAAACUAGCAUCUUCCCAUGUGAUCACAGUCACUGAGCCGAACACGGAAACUUCUGUUGAAAUUUUAGAGAACUCACUGAUUGAGAAGACAUUGCUUAAUGAUCGUAUUACAGCUCUGAGUCUCCUUGAGCAGCUGGCUUUUCUCCCUCUGGCGAUCACCCAGGCGGCUGCGUAUAUUAAUGAAAACAGCAUUGGCCUCUCUGAUUAUCUCCAGCUUUUACAGGAUCAGGAGCCGCAUGUGGUUGAACUGCUGAGCGAAGAAUUUGAGGAUGAAAUGCGCUACAAAGACAUCCAGAACCCUGUUGCUCUGACUUGGUUUAUCUCCUUCCAGCAAAUCCAACAAUUAAAUAAGCUGGCAGCGGACUAUUUGUCCUUCUUUGCCUGCAUCAAUCCUCGUGAUAUUCCACAGUCCUUACUUCCCCAGCCGAUCUCAAUUAAGAAUAAAACCGAUGCUCUUGGUCUUCUCAAGGCCUUCUCCUUUAUCAUCCAUCUUGCGACUCGGAACUGGCUGAGAAAGAACCAACAGCUCAGACGGCAAAUAUUUAAGACUGCUGACCGGCUGAGCGAAGUCUUCCCAGAUAAUCAUCAUGCGAAUCGGCAGGUGUGGCGGAAAUAUCUGCCGCAUGCUCUUUCACUAAUAGCAGAAGCUGGAUUUCAGAAGGAGCAAGAGAAAUACAUUGUUUUGAUUCAAAAUGUUUGUAGUUGUCUCUACAGUGACGGACGGUGGAAGGAAGCAGAAGACUUGGAUAUGCAAGUGAUGGAAUCAUGCAAGCAAGUGCUAGGGCCCGAGCAUCCUGAUACUCUUACCAGCAUGGGCAAUCUGGCAUCCACCUACUGGAAUCAAGGACGAUGGAAGGAAGCAGAAGACCUGAAUAUUCAAGUAAUGAAAUUACACAAGCAAGUGCUAGGGCCCGAGCAUCCUAAUACUCUUACCAGCAUGAGCAACCUUGCCUUUACAUGGAAAGGCCAGGGAAAGGUUAAGAAUUCCUUUGCUCUGAUAAAACAGUGUGCAGAGCUCCGCCGCAACCUGCUGGGUCCAGACCACCCGGACACUAUAUUCUCUUCUGGUACCCUCAGUGACUGGGAGACUGCGGUAGAUUCCCUGAUAUGGUAUAGUUAA